AUGGAUCUCAAGACCUUUCACGUCCACGCGAGUAGGGUUCCUGCAUGCUUAGACAAAUCUUUUAAUCCCUGGUGUAUUGCAGCAACUAAGACACUGAACAGAGGUAUUUCCGAGUUCAUUGUCAUGGCUGCCGACACUGAGCCUCUUGAAAUCCUUCUUCACCUUCCACUUCUCGCUGAGGAUAAGAAUGUGCCUUAUGUUUUUAUCCCAUCCAAGCAAGCUCUUGGUCGUGCAUGCGGAGUUACGAGACCUGUAAUUGCUUGUUCUGUGACAAGCAAUGAGGGAAGCCAGUUGAAAUCUCAAAUUCAACUGUUGAAGGAUGCCAUCGAGAAGCUUUUGAUCUAAAUAUGAGAAGCCUUUUCCAGUGUGAUGGGCCUCUGGAUGAACAUUGAGGCUUUGACUGAGCUUGAGUUCCAAAUCAGGGGAUAAUUUCUCUGUUUGGUUGGGUUUUUUCACUUACUUAUGUCGUGUUCCAUGUAUACUUACUACGGCACUUAAAAAUGAGAGAACUUAUUUUGCGAGUUGUAAUGCUAUUUACCGAGUGAACUUUAUGAUACUACAAGAUUAGCUGUUCAAUUUAACUUAGCCUCUGUUUGGCU